AUAUUCAAACGUAGCGUUGCUCUUGACUGUUAUCGAAUAGUUAGUUUUAAAAGAUAAGAUAUGAUUAAGUUAUAAGUUCAUAUUUUUUAAGGAAGUGGUUUUUGUUUGAUGUGUAGUUCAGAUAUUUACUAGGUAUAUAAUUAAUUGCGUUCAGACUAACGCUUCCGUUUACUGCAGUCCUUGCUUUUGCUUAUUGGUUUUUAAUUCGACCUCAUAGCUUCUGGAUUAGAAGGGGGGUUCCGCAAGGAAAACCCAUGCCCAUUUUCGGAGACUCAUGGGAAAUAAUAUUUCGAAAACAAGCACCUCCUGAAGUGAUACAAAAGAUGUACAACUACAACAAAGACUCAAGGUACGUUGGAGUAUAUCAGUUUACUAUACCAAGUCUUAUAAUAAGAGAUCCAGAACUCAUCAAACAAGUAGCAGUAAAAGAUUUUGAUCAUUUUGUUGAUCACAGAGGUUUUAUUUCUGCAGAAGCAGAUCCCUUAUUUGGAAACAAUUUACUUUCCCUUCGAGGACAUAAAUGGAGAGAAAUGAGAUCCACGCUAAGUCCAUCCUUCACAAGCAGUAAAAUGAAAUACAUGUUUUCCUUAAUGUCGAAAAGUGGAGAACAGUUCGUACAACAUUUCUUGAAACAAAAUGAAAACGUCAUUUCGGUAGAAAUGAAAGAUGUUCUUUCAAGAUUUGCAAAUGAUAUCAUUGGGAAUACUGUAUUUGGAUUUGAAUGUGAUUCUUUAAAAGAACCUAAUAAUGAGUUCUUUGUCAUGGGCAAGGAAGCAUCUGAUUUUACUAGUCUGCGGAAAAUCUUCGUCUUUAUAGGAUACGUUGUUAUACCAAAACUUAUUACGUUUUUUAAAAUAUCGUUGUUUUCCGACAAGAUGAUUAAAUAUUUUACUAGAAUAAUAAAAGAAAAUAUUGAGAGCAGAGAAAAAUAUGCUGUUGUGCGUCCCGAUAUGAUCAGCUUAUUACUCGAAGCAAGAAAAAACAGCUCGAAGGACGAGGAAGCCGUUAUACCAGAUGCUGGCUUUGCAACGGUAGAAGAAUCGGAGGUUGAUAAAAACCAAAAAUUUAGAAAAACCCAAAUAACAGACGAAGUAAUUGCUUCUCAAGCUUUUAUAUUUUUUUUUGCGGGAUUCGACUCUGUAUCUUCGCUUAUGUGUUUUAUGGCGCAUGAACUGGCUGUUAAUCUAGAUGUUCAAGAAAAACUUAAGGAAGAAAUAGACAACAUCAGAGAAAAGUGCAAUGGAAUAAUUACAUACGAAUUUAUCGUUUCUAUGAAAUACAUGGACAUGGUUGUAUCAGAAACAUUAAGAAAAUGGCCAAAUGCCAUCGCUACUGAUAGAAUUUGUACAAAACCAUAUACAAUUGAACCAAAAACACCUUAUGAAAAACCUGUUCAUCUAAAGCCGAAUGAUGUAAUUUAUAUUCCGAUGUAUGCAAUUCAGCGAGACCCAAAAAAUUAUCCAGAUCCUGAUCGUUUCGAUCCAGAACGUUUCAGUGAGGAGAACAAAAGUAAAAUUAAACCAUACACGUUUAUACCAUUUGGAGUGGGACCAAGGAGUUGUAUUGGUUCAAGAUUCGCUUUGCUGGAGACUAAGAUUUUAUUUUACCAUCUUUUGUCACAUUUUAAUAUAAUUCCAAUUGAAAAGACACAAAUACCAAUUCGGUUCAAUAGAAAAGCUAUCAAUAUGGCAGCGGAAAAAGGUUUUUGGUUAGGACUUCAGCGUCGUUUCCAAUAAAUGAUGUGUUAAUAUAAUGGAUAAUGUAUUUUUUUAUGUAUUACCAACAAAUUAGGACAAUGCCUAGAAAAUAAUUGUAUCUUUUAUCAAGUUGAUCGAGUGGUAGGCAAUAUUAUAGGCAUCUUGUUGAAAUGUGUAUACUAGUUACCAUCUUAUUAGUAUUUAUAUGAGUAAUAAUAUAAUACAUAUAUUGUGUAGAUAAUGAUAAAAUGGUAAAACACUAACCAAA